AUAGGUUGGAGCUCGAGCUCGAGACUGAGACAGGGAAGGUGAGGAGGAGGCGAGGGAGAGGCGAAGAUGGCAGCGUGGAUGAAAGGAGAGAAGAGGUCGGUGACGCAGAUGAAGGCGAGGAGCAGCCGGUGGCAUGGAUCAAGGGGGAGAGCACCGUCGUCGUCGGUGAUGCACAUAUGGGAAAGAGGGAGGUGAGAGCGCCGAUCCAGGAGGCGGCUUGGCUCGGCCCAGCCAUGGAGCUGGCAUUGGAGACUCCCCGCUGACCUCCUUGGCAAGAGAUGUUGUGCCUGCAGUGGUCGGGUGCUGCCACAAAACGUGUGACUAUAGUAAGAUGCAGUUCUCGACAAUCGCUAUUAGGUGCUCUCUCCCUGUUGGUUUUUUGUUUUUCUGGUUUUGAUUUCCUGGUAUUCAUUUUAUCUAAACACCACAAUCUAUCAGAUCUGAGAGAGAAGAGGAACAGAAGGGCACGGUGGAAGAAUUUGGUGAAGAACAAGAUGGCUCGGAUGCAUUCUUAUAUGCUACAUCCUCAUGGUAUUCCUCAAUCUUUAGCCUUGCCCAACUCUGGUCUUCCUCGGUUUGGUAGAGAUGGCAUAUUGGAGCAAGCAUCAUGUCAGGAUGUCGAUGCCGAUGCUUCUCUGGCUGCUACUGAGGAUGGCAGUGAUCCUUUCACCCACCUAAAAUCAAAGACGGGUUGUUCUUCCCAUCGCUUGUUUAUUUAUGCUAUGAAGUAAACAGGUACAAUGAUCCUCUUUCGCUAAACAUGGGUGUCUGGAACUUAAGGAACACUAGUGGUGGGAAAGCAGCUGGAGGAAACAAGAAAGCGCAGUAACUACUUUCCUAUGGUACUUGUUGCGUGCUUGUUGCUGAUUGCACACCCUAUGGUGCUUGAUGCCGAUUGCAAUGGCAACGCUUCAUCUCCGCAGGCGAUCCAAGCUGUGCUCGUCAUCUACACUAGUGUUAAAACUAUAUUCAGGCGUGACUAUAUGCAUGCCAUUUGUGUAAUAGAAUAUUUAUAGCAAAUAUCCACUAUAAUUUAUUCUUUCGUGUAGGCACAUGCCUUUUCUCUCUUUAACACAGUACAUUAGUUAAGAAUUUUCAAUCA